AUGGUGUUCCUCCGACUUUCAAUCAAAGUCUACCCGCGGGAGCAGCUGAGUUCGAACUCGAGCUCCAGCUGGGGCAGGACCUUACUCGGCGGGCGAAAGACCACCAACGAUGACUCCAGCCAGGGAUCGGCAGUCUCGACGACAUUGAAGAAACCUGGUGUCUUCUUGCUUGUCCUUGAGCACCCCGAAGAGGUUUCGCUUGGUGGUCUCGCGGGCAUGAUUCAAGAACAUUGGGCAAAGCUUCACCCAGAGUUGGAACCGCUUGCGAUCAAGAAAAUCCUCGACGAUACGAAGGAGGACCUCGAUCUUUAUCCCGACCUGACUGUUGCUGAUGUUUGGGUUGACUAUGGAAAAGCCCGCACCGAUGGCCUUGACCAACGAGGCUCCGUUCGUGUUCUCCAAAAGCCUACCACGGCCGCCCCGGAGCGAUUCCCCUCUGUCGAUCAGGAUUGGGAUGCUGCUAUCAUUGCCUACGAGCGCAAACGUGCUAUGAAGGAUAAAAAGGAAGAAAUGGAGACCCAAUUCCCUGCGAUUCAAGAAGAAGAUGAAGAGAGUAGCGCCCAAUCUGUGCGUAGUCACUCUCGAUCUAUUUCUCAGUCUCACAUCCAAUGGGAACAUUCGCCUGAAUCGCCCCAGCAUACCAAUAAUGACCCUCAUGUCUCUGCUCGGAAGUCACCAAUCGAGCACCGCCAUCGUGAUUUACCUCUCUCUUCUGUUGAAAUUCGCGAUCCUGUCAACACUUUCCCACCAGUGAAGUCUACAGGCCCUACAAUUGCUGGGACGCCGCCUCCCAGGCGUGAAAGUGAGGAGCUCGGCGAAUCUCCAUCACCAGCCGAGCGACGAGCAUCCAGCAUCAGGUCCCAACCGACACCCGCAUCUGUAGCUGCCGAUUCACCGGGACCGCAGUCUGAGCCGCAUAAGCUCGUAAAGCUACCCAUUGCGAGCAGUACAGCUAAACGAACAAUUACGCAAAUGCCAGAUGACGCUGAAUCCCCACCUAUGUCGCCUGCGCCCAAACAUAUCAUUCCCCACCAACAGACGCAAUCUACUGAGGAGGCUGCUGCGUGCUCAGGCGAUAUCGAACCAGAGUCUGCUCCACAACGUAUCGUGAAAAUACCAUUCAAGUCGGGCAUGACGAAUGGAGUUAACGGACAAGGACACCUGGCGGCAGUGGCUGCUAAUAUUGUAUCUCAAUCCCCGCAGAAAAAGCAAGCGGAAACAAUAAUCGGGAUCUCCAGUGAGGAGUCGAGCGAAGAGGAAACCGACAGCGAGGACGACGAGGUUGAAGCGGAGAAGAAGCACGCUAAGCGGGAUCAAAGAAAAACAGAAGAUCAGACUGGUUCUGACAACUCUGACGGCUCUGACUCUGACUCUGACUCUGAAUCCGAGUCUGAGUCUGAGUCCGAAUCGGACUCCGAGGCCAGCGAAGAGAAUGGACCCAAGGAUGAGCCCAUCACGCCUCGAAUUGAUCACUCGAUUCCCAUUACUGGGGAUGUAAUUGAUCUAGAGGGCGAUUUACAGAUGGAUGGGCCUAUUGUAACUAGGAGCUCCCAGUCAGAUCACUCGCGUCUUUCGAUGUUGAAAACAAACGGUAUAACCCAUGAGACUCAAUCACGCAAGCGGAAGCAGGCCUCCGAAGAACCCACGUCAGUCAAAAAAGCUCGUCAGGGACAGGCCCAUCCCUCAACCCGCCCCCCAUCUACCCCUCCUCGGUCGGUGCCUGCAGUCGUUGUGCCAUCUCAACAGACUCGGCAGUCCAUAUCGAAGUCGCCAUCUGCUCAGACGAGCCCAGUGCGAAAACGAGUCCGUGCACCUUCCUUCUCGAGCCCAGCUCGACAAGCCAGUGUUCGAGAGGAGAACGAAGCGCCCCCCAAACCUUCUCAGUUUGGAAUUGGUUUGGGGAUUACAAAGAGCCCUCCUAGCAAGCAGCCCGUCAGGUUGAAUCCUUCGCAAGAAUCCGAGGUAGCAUCCACCCAGGACUCCUUUGGUGCACCGCUUUUCCCAACUAGCAACGUGAAUCUUGCCGAUACGCCUUCUCUUACUUAUGUAAACAAACAAACUCCUGCGAUUGACAAAACGAAAAAGCUGCAAUCCGCUAUCCGUGCCAAGGAUUCCCCGGCAACCGAGAGGCGAUCCGUGUCUUUCGCUGAGGGAGAGAGCCUUGCUUCUAGCUUGGAUCCCGCUCCACGCUCCACCCCGCGCAAUACUGUGAUUAGCAAUUCUGCCCCUGCCACAAACACUAUCCAGGGGACGCCUUCGAGCGCAACCCCACGAAAGGCCACGUCCAAGGCCAGGCCCGCUCAGCAGCCGCCCACCUCCGCUGUCAAAUCCACCCUGGGAACGCCUUCAACAUCCACGUCUAGCAAAACCACGCCUAAAGCAAGGGUCAAUAAGCAAACACCUAAAUCUACUUCCGAAAAUGCUCAGGCAACACCAUCCAGUAGUCAAGUGGUCUAUCCACCUGGCUUUGAUAUCGAACAGUUGACCCAGCAAGUUGAGACUGAACAGAAGACGAAGGCACAGGCUAAGCUGGACGAGAAAGCACAAAGGAGCAAGGAAGCCGCUGAGAGGUCCGAGAUAGAACACAAGCUCCGGGAAAGCUAUGAUCCCCAGCUUACGAUCAUUUUAACUGAGAUGAAAACCCUAUUGAACAAAUUGGCCAACUCUAAGCUCGAUUACAGCAAGCGAAAGCCGCUCCGCGUCAAGCUUGAAGCCUUGCGCAACGAUCUGAAAGUCUGUGAACAGAGGCUGGAGGCGCAAAGGUCCACCCCUCGGGAACCUGUUGCAAAGGCACCAAAGCCAACCCUCAAGGACAUGCUGAGCAGCCAGAAGCAGGAACUAGCUGCUAAGCUACGACCUGAACCCAAGUCUGCCCCACCUCCCCGCUCCGAUGUGUACGAAGUUCCCAGCUCCGGUGAGUCUGAGUCUGAGUCUGAGUCUGACUCAGACUCAGACUCCAGCAGUGACGAUGGUAGCAAGAGUGAGAGUGACUCGGGCGACAUCAUGCCCAAUGGCCAGUCAGUCAAACUACGCAAGCCCUGGGCUCAACGAUCCAAAUAA